AAGCCUUGUUGGACUUUGAAUGCAAUAUGUAAUAAUUUAAGCUACAAUUCCUCACAGGACUUGAGACGAGACUCUCCAGUUUCACGAUCAAGGCACUCUAGCCCUGCACCUAAUGCCUUCACAUCUGUAAGCAGCACACGAGACAUUGCUAAGAGAGACCAUCAUGUACAGGAUGACCCUGGGUUGUCUGUGGUGCCCAACAAGAGGAUCCGUUUACCUGAUGCAGCUCUGCCCAUACCUCCUCACACGCCCUCCCCUACACCCUCACAUAAGUCUGAUGGCGGAUCAUCCAAGGGCGGCAGCAGACGAUCAGAUGAAAGUGACCUCGAGGCUGACAUGAAUGAUAUUGCCAAUGAGAUAACCAGUGGCAUCAGCUGUACUGUCUGCAAGAAAAUUUCGUUCUACUCAGUAAAUCAGUUGGUGGAGUGCCAAGACUGUCACUUGAUAUAUCAUCAAGAGUGCCACAAGCCACCAGUGAGCAAGGCAGAUAUCACGGACCCACGGCGAGUCUGGUACUGCGCCAAGUGCACCCGCAACAUGAGGAAGCAAAACAGCAGCAGCACUACUGGCAGCAACAGCAGCAGCUCAGUGAGCAGCAGCACGAGAUCAGCAGGCAGCAGCAGCAGCAAUAAGAGCAGCAGCAGCAGUGGCAGCAGCAGCAGCAAUAAAAGCCACAGCAGCUCAGGGCGACACAUUGCCUCCUCUCACGUGCCUUCACCGUCUAAACCAACCGGCCUUGGCGUGUCAUCGAACUCUGUCGCCGUCCGUCCUUCUCCCUUCACCAACCUCGCCGCCGUCUCCACACGAGCCGCUCUUGGCACAGAACGGACGGCGGGCGUGGGCUGCAGCGGCGGCGGCGGCGGUGGCGGUGGCGGUGGUGUGCUUCUGACGCGCAGCGACGGCAGCUGCAGCAAGCUAACGGCCGCCACGUCCACGGCUGCGCCCUCCAACUCAAUGUUGUCCGCCGAGAAGCGCAUGCAAAUGAUGAAGAAAAAAGCUGCUGCUAAAAUGGCUGAGAGACGAAAAAUGUAAUGUGUUACAGAACGUGAAAACAUUGCGCCGGUGCAAAGGAGCGGUAUGGCUGUAUCUAAAAAUAAACGAAUGACUUAGUAUCUGGUCUGGGUUCGUUUGCAAAGUUACAUUGAAAAAGGGAAAGUUGUCCAGAAAAGUGAAAGUUUGAUUGCAGUAAACCAUCUCGUUUCGACUGCUCAUUUUUAUGACGGCCAAGACGGGACGUGAGUUCGCCGUCUUUUGGAGAAGCGAAUUAACAAGUUUAAGUCGCUUCCUGUUAUCUUCUUUAAUUUUGCUGUCAAGUUGCGGUAGUAGUUCGAGUAUGAAGUCGUACAAGUUGUGAUCAUUAAUGAUCUCAUGAGUUUCA